AUCCGUAAGCGUAGUCACUGAUGUGUCUGGAUAUGCGACGAAUGUUAACUCAAUGAAGAAACUUUAGAAAGAAUCUGAAGAGACGAGCGUCUGUGCUUCCUUUAGUGUGCGCUGGGUCUGAUUUGGUGUGAAAGAGUGUUCGAGUAUGCACUAGAAGUACUGUUACUGUAGGGCGCUAGGUGCAGGAGAAGAUUCACAGCUCUUAAGAACAAGUAGACAACACCAGUUUCCCAAUGGCUGAAAACAACUUUCCUCCUCUGCCGGGCUUUAUUCCUCUGAAGCCGUGCUUCUACCAGGACUUUGAGGAGAUUCCUGACCAGCAUCGCACCAUGUGCAAGAGACUCUACCACCUGUGGAUCUUGUACGGAGUGACGCUGCUGGUGAACUUCUUGGGCUGUAUGGCGUGGAUGUUUGGAGGAGGAGGAGUGACUAACUUCGGGAUGUCCAUCAUCUGGGUUAUUCUCUUCACCCCCUGCUCUUACGUGUGCUGGUUCAGACCCAUUUACAACGCCUUCAAGACGGACAGCUCAUUCUACUUCAUGGCGUUCUUCUUUGUCUUCAUGGCACAACUGUUCAUUGCUAUAAUUCAGGCCAUUGGAAUCCCAGGAUGGGGUGUUUGCGGCUGGUUGGGCACCAUCUCCUUCUUUGGGACGAGUAUCUUUGCCUCCAUCAUCAUGCUGAUCCCCACCCUCAUGUUCACCGCAGUCGCUGUCAUCUCAUUCGUGGUGCUCACCAAGGUUCAUAACUUCUACCGCGGCAGCGGCGGCAGCGUGAGUAAAGCGCAGGAGGAGUGGGUCUCCGGCGCCUGGAAGAAUCCUCACGUCCAGCAGGCGGCUCUGAGCGCAGCGGCCGGAGCGAUGCAGGGGCCGCAGGGGCCACAGGGGCCGCCCUACUCCACUCCCUCCUACGACAACGCUGUGUAAAACACAGCCAGCAGGCAUCAGAGCAUACUGACGUCAAACACCAGGUGCAACCAACCAACUGAUGCUUGGGAUUUUGAGCUUUUUUAAUGUAAAUGUUUGUGUCUUUGUUCUAUGUUUUGUGUCUGUUUUGGCCUAUUUGCUCCCAGCUAAGUAAAAUAUGUUCUGAGAACGUUUUUCUAACAUUCCCAUUAAGUUAUUAAAACAUUCAAAACAUCCAGUUUUUAAAAUGUUUUUGAACAUUUAAUUGUAUCAUUUUCCAAACAUUCCAUGAACGUUACAUUUGAAUGUUCUCUGAACAUUCUAAAACAAGUAGUGAGAUUGAAAAAAAACUAAAUGAAUAAAUAAACUUAGAUAAACGUCAAACUAAAAUGUUUCAUGAAUUAAACAUUCUAAUGAAUAAAGUAUAAAUAACAUUUGUGUUCUAAUGUUUUGAGAACACUAUUAAAGACCAGACACUGGAAGAAUAUUUGUUCGUAAUUUUCAGAGAGCCUCGCCACAACGUUCCAAAGUUCUGAGAACAUCUCCUGUUAGCUGGGUUGCUCUUAUGUGACUGUAUUAAAUUAUGAAUGAGUUUAUGUAGAUUAAAAUGUGUAAUCAGGGUUCCCAUGGUCAUGGAAACGUUGGAAAUAUCAGGGAAUUUUAAACGUGAUUUCUAGUCCAGGAAAUAAUGCAAUAUUUAAUACAUAAUGGAAAUUCCUGAAGUCUUUUUUUAAAUAUUAAUUCAGCUAGAGAUCAUCUGUGAAUUAGAAACAUUUUAUGUUUUAAUUACAAACAACUAAAAAUGUAUAUGCAUUUUAGUUGUGAAUAUAUUUUUUUCUAGUUAUUAUAGUUAUUGUUUUACAUGAUUUGAUAUUCUAGAAACUGCUCAAAUGAGUGCAAUCUCAAUUAAAUUACUUCUAAAAACAUUUACACAACAGCAGCAUUUCAGAAGCCUGAAAACACACAAAAAGUAAAAAGUGCAAGUUUUUGAAAAAGAUACAGUUACCAUCUCCAUGCAAACUAUAAAAAAAACAUGAAUUUCUGAAAAGCUACAGUAUAUCAUGCGCAUGCGUAUUGCAACCAUAAUACAGUGUUUUUAGUUGUUUGAGUGGGUAUCAUUUUUGAUAACGUUGUCAUCUGUACGCAAAACUUUUCAAUAUUGCAAAGGAUAAAUGUGUCUAUUUUUAGGGCAUCAUUGUCGUGUACAUGGACCCUUAGACUUGUUUUAUUUGAGAAAUGUGUAUGUGUAUUUAGCAUGAGGGGCCUCUAUGUGUUGUCUGUCACUUAAACACGGAUGUUGAAGAACGCAGAUGAAACAGUCCUGUUUGAAAUGCACUAUUUAUUUAUUUAUUUAUUUCUCGAUUUUAAACAUUUGUUGUCCAUGUGAUAUGAAACAAAUGUCACUGAUUGAUAACUUGAAUUUAAAUAAAGCACCAACAUCUAUUUGUUUGUUUGU